UGGUUGGCAGCACUGACUGCAGUUUGUGUUGUUUGACAUUUAUACCACGUGGAUUACGUUAAAUAGAAUAAAAACAAAUUGUCAAUGAAAUUAACUAAAAUAUUAGUUAGGGUGAUUUAAUUAAAAUUAAAAGUCAUUAUGUCCGGUUCAGAUUUUAUAAAAACAAAAGCGUCUUCGAGUGUGAACAAAAACUUUCAGACAGUUGUUUAUGAAUCAUAUAAGCCCAAAGAAAAACGAAAGAAAAAUGAAGAACAUAUAGAAACAGACUCGAAUAAUUAUAAUAAAAUAAGUGAAAAUGAAUUUAAUAUAAAAAAAGCUAGACAUGAAAUUAUAAAAUUUGGUAUUUCCGGAUUUGAAUCAAGUGAAAAACAAAAGGCAAAUGUCCAGCUUGCUAUAAAACUAGGCGCAAAACCCCCAAAAAAUAAAUAUAUAAAUUAUAAAAGUUUGUUAAAUGAACAAAAACAAAAAAAAUCUAAAGAAGAAAUGUUUAAUAAACUGCAGCAAAUUGGUAAAAAUAGUAUGGGAAAAUCAAUAGCAAAAGGAAAAAGUUUCGAUAGAAAAAGGAAAAAAGCCGCUGUGUCUGGAUUAUUGGAUGUUUAUGGAAAAGCAACUUUAAAAAAUAAGUUUAGAAAUAAAAAUUGAAU